UUCCUCCAUAAAGUAGACAUUUAAAUAUGCUCAUGUUUCUGGACUAUACAUAAAAUUGCAUUUUGCAAGAUGAAUUUUAUAUUAAUUUAUAUAUUCGGAAGUUUAUUGGAGUGCUACAAAGGAUUUAAGAUUGAGAACGGCUACAUAGGCCAACAUUGUCGCGAUGGAUACAAGCCUGUGGCUUGGUGGUACUUAUACAAGCAUCCAGCGGGCGUGGUCCAUCCAAGCGGACAGAACUUCAGCUUCUUAACGCCUGACACGGGGGGCCGGUGGAUACAGUCGCUUUAUGGCAUCUUGGAGGCCGAUAUGCUGAGUAAAACUUUGAUGCCCGACUACAAGCAGCGUUCAUACAUGGACCGCGGUGGCAGAGCCAUGGUCAUAUUCGAGUCUCGUCACGGCGCGCCCGGGACUUCGGCGCGCGGGGUCGUGAUGGCAGAUCAGGAUGGCGGGUUUCUGCUGACGCAUACCGUGCCCGGGUUUCCGCAGAAAUCCAGGUCACUUCCCUUGUUCCCAUUCGAUGAGCUGAAAAGCGGACACUUACUAGCUUGCAUCUCUCUGGAUUUCAGCGCUCUGAACAAGGUGGCUCGAGCCAUAAAAGAGGUCGCACCGAACAUCACAUACUCAUACAUGCCCAAAACGCUGGCUCAUCUACUACCGGAAUGGAACUUCGACAGACCUUUCCCGACUCUUUCUCCCUUCAGGCUACGGCCAUCGAUAUAUUCUCUUAUGAAUAGAAUGGGGGAGAUUCCUCGGCCCUUAGAGGCUCCGUUCAACAAUGGUCCUUUAGAAGCGGUGUUGGUGGCCAGGCCGCCGGGAGUGAAGAGUUGUAUCUACUCUUCGUUUGCGGCGAGGCAAUUAGUCAUGCUGAAUGUGUAUGGACAAUCACGAAGCACGUUUCUUACUACGACGUGCAGUGAGAGCUUUGGCGUCCGCAACAUUGACUCGAUCUCCUUUAAAUACGAAGGUGACGAUGGGCCCUCAGGUCCUGUCUACUACGUGCCGACCAACAGCACCGACUAUACCUGGUUCGCAGUCAGCGCGGCGGCACAUUGGCAGCAACGAGGCAAGGGCCCGCAGCAGUUCUGGGUGUGCACCAGCCUGGUGGAUAAGGAGGAUGUGAAGGGAGAAGGGGGUUUGUUGUUGUGUUUGCAGAAUUACAAUUUGUGGGUGGCGUUUGAUAACUUGAAGGUUGCUGAGCCCUCUUGCGAUUAGCGAUUAAACUUUACCUGUCAGGCAUUAU